AUGGAAAAUUUUGACGAGAGCGAUUUUCCUGUCAGCCAAACACUCUUCUUAACUGAAGAAGAGCAGCAACACAUGAAGCCCCAAGAAAGCGUUGAGGAGGAUGAAGAUUUCCCAUUCGAGAUCCCAAAUCAAUCGAAACCCACGAACUUUCUUCAAGAUUUUCACCAUCUCGACCCGUUUAACGUUGACGGGUCAUCUUCGAAUCCUUUGUUCGGUGUCCAGACCGCUUGUAAUGACCCUUUUGAGCCUUACCCUUACGUCUGUUCAUCGGCCGAAGACAUCGGCUCUUACGAGUCUAAGCCAUUUUCAGACAGCUUGAACGUUAUCGGCGGUGGACGCGUAAUGAACAAAUACCAGACCGGAGAAAACAAUCCUUACUUCGGCAACAUUCCUCGUCUGUUCGAUCAUCGUAUCCCGGAACAAAGCAACAUGAUGAUGAUGACGACGGCGAUGAUGAUGACGAUCCCAUUUGAUUACCAUGCAGAUGUCAUCAAGCCCGUGAAUUUCGUGAUUCCAGACGAAGUCUCAUGCGUUUCUGCUGAGAACAAUUCCCACAAUGCUGGGGGAGGGUUGGACAAGAGUAGAGCUUUUCCGACGAGGAAGUCAUGGAAAGGAAGAAAAAGAUCAACCGUAGUCAAAGGGCAAUGGACUGUUGAGGAGGACAGGAUUCUUAUUCAACUGGUGGAACAAUACGGAUUGAGGAAAUGGUCCCACAUCGCUCAGAUGCUUCCCGGGAGGAUCGGGAAGCAGUGUCGGGAGAGAUGGCACAAUCACUUGAGACCUGACAUCAAGAAGGAGACAUGGAGCGAGGACGAGGACAAGAUACUGAUAGAGGCUCACAAAGAGAUCGGAAACAAGUGGGCGGAGAUCAUGAAGAGGCUACCGGGAAGGACGGAGAACUCGAUCAAGAACCACUGGAACGCAACAAAGAGAAGGCAGUUCUCCAAGAGAAAAUGCAGGUCCAAGUUCCCACGCCCUUCUCUCUUGCAGGAUUACAUCAAGAGCUUGAACUUAGACGCCUCGUCCUCUUCCAUCCCGGCCCGAGGCAGGCGCAAGCACAAGAAGAAGAACGAGAAGGAACCCGAGGAAAUGGAGGAAGGUCAGGGGCUAUACGAUUUCGGGUUCGACGAGAAGAUGCUGGAGGAAGGUUGCAGCAUCGACUCUUUGCUCGACGACAUUCCCCUUACUGACAUGGAUGCCUUUGUUCACGGAUUCUGA